CCUAUGAUAAUAGUCAACAAAAAACAUCUGUGAAUGAAGUGCCAACAAGGCGGAAUUAGACGAUGGGAAAUACAGAUACAAAGCUUAAUUUUCGCAAAGCUGUUAUACAGUUAACCACAAAGACACAGCCAAUAGAGGCCAGUGAUGAGGCAUUUUGGGAACAGUUUUGGUCAGAAAGUGUUACUUGUGUGCAAGAUGUUUUCACACUAAUCCCUGCAGCGGAGAUUCGAGCACUAAGAGAAGAGUCUCCAUCAAAUCUCGCCACAUUAUGUUACAAGGCAGUGGAAAAGCUUGUGUCAGCUGCAGAGAGUGGCUGUCCAUCCCAACGAGAACAACAGACAGUUUUGAACUGUGUGAGACUGUUGACCAGAGUUCUGCCCUACAUAUUUGAAGACCCUGAUUGGAGAGGUUUUUUCUGGUCCACCCUACCAGGACAGUCAGAGGAAACAGAAAAUGAGAGUCCACCAUUAGCACAAUCUCUGAUCAAUGCAAUGUCGGACCUGUUGUUCUGCCCAGACUUUACAGUAGCCUCUACUAGAAAAGCAGGACCGGAUAAUCCAGAGGACAUGCACACUAUAGAUAGCUGUGAGUAUAUCUGGGAGGCUGGCGUUGGCUUUGCUCACUCUCCCACCAGGAACCAGUAUUACGACCAGAACCGGUGUGAGAUCAUCAAACUUCUACUCACCUGUUUUUCGGAGACCAUGUACCUUCCUCCUGUUGCUGAUGCCCAUAGCCAUCCUAAUCAAUGGAUCCAGUACUUCUCCUCCACAGAAAACAGACAUGCCCUGCCUCUGUUUACCUCACUCCUGAACAUUGUGUGCGCUUACGAUCCAGUCGGUUAUGGCGUACCUUACAACCAUCUCAUGUUUAACGACUCAAGUGAACCCCUGGUGGAGGGUGCUCUACAGGUACUGUGUGUGACCUUAGAGAAUGACUCCUCGUCACAGCAGAAUGUGUCUGUAGAUGGGACGUCUGGAGGCACUGCCAUGGAACAGCAAAGUGAUACUGGUGGACCUGACAACUUGUUUGUGAACUACCUAUCAAGGAUCCACAGAGAAGAGGACUUCGCCUUUAUCCUUAAAGGGAUCACACGCCUGUUAAAUAACCCGCUAAUGCAGACAUAUUUACCUGGAUCAGCCAAAAAAAUUCAAAUCCAUCAGGAACUGCUAGUUCUCUUCUGGAAGAUGUGUGAUAUCAACAAGAAGUUCAUGUUUUAUGUGUUGAAGUCGAGUGAUGUGUUGGAUGUUCUGGUCCCGAUACUUUACUACUUGAAUGAUGCCAGGGCUGACCAAUCUCGUGUUGGAUUGAUGCAUAUUGGUGUGUUCAUCCUGCUACUUCUGAGUGGGGAGAGGAACUUUGGGGUGCGACUAAACAAACCUUACACUGUACGAGUGCCGAUGGAUAUUCCGGUGUUUACAGGGACACAUGCUGACUUUCUCAUCAUUGUUUUCCAUAAAAUCAUCACAACUGGCCACCAAAGACUGCAGCCUCUAUUUGAUUGUCUACUUACCAUCAUUGUAAAUGUGUCACCAUAUCUAAAAACAUUGUCAAUGGUUGCCAGUACCAAGCUUCUACACUUACUGGAGGCCUUCAGCACCCCAUGGUUCCUGUAUGCUAGUCCUACAAACCACCAUCUUGUUUUCUUCCUUCUGGAGGUCUUCAAUAACAUCAUACAGUACCAAUUUGAUGGAAACAGUAAUUUGGUGUACACCAUUAUUCGUAAGAGGAAUGUGUUCCAUCAGCUUGCCAACCUGCCCACCGAACACUCGGCCAUAGCUAAGGCUCUCACAAAAAGGGGCAAGAAAUUCACCCAGCUGACCCCGGACACAAAGGAAGAGCUGCCCCUGAUGGAGGGCUCCAUACCUGCUACAGAGGCGGAGCCAGGCACUCUGAAAACCUCCCUAGCUGCCACACCUCGUAUAGACAAGAUGACAGAGAGAGCAGCCCCUGAUGAAUGUAAUGCUGACCCCACCUUGAAGGAGCUGGCAAAGUCAAGUGGAACACACAAUGUCCAGCCUCCUAAUGAGAUCCAGGACCCCACCGACGGGGAGACAGAGAAAGGGGCUGAAGGCAGUAAUGAACCCAAGGCCACAAAGACCAAAAGCUUGCCCAGUACCCCAACAAGUCCCACCCACUCCACGGCAGGCUCAGAUGCUGGGGCACGUACCCCCAUGGUAAGGACAUCCUCCACUACCAGCCCGGGGGCCUGGGUAGCCACACCUGACUGGGUGAUGUCAUGGAAACAGAAAUUACCUCUACAGACUAUAAUGAGGAUGUUACAGGUGUUGGUCCCACAGGUAGAGAAGAUCUGCAUAGACAAAGGUCUGACGGAUGAGAGCGAGAUCCUGAAGUUCCUCCAGCAUGGUACAUUGGUGGGCCUUCUACCUGUACCACAUCCCAUACUUAUCCGAAAGUACCAGGCAAACAGUGGCACCACCAUGUGGUUCCGUACAUACCUGUGGGGUGUCAUAUAUCUUAGGAAUGUGGACCCACCAGUGUGGUACGACACAAAUGUGAAGUUGUUUGAAAUCCAGAGAGUUUGAGAUUCCACACCACCAAACACCAACAAGACAUCCUUUAUCUACGGAAUUCAUCUUCCCAUGCAGAAUUUGAGAAAAUCUCAAAAAAUGAUUAGUGCCCCUCUAGAAAUUAUUAUUGUUACCUUUUUUGCCCUUUCAUAGGCACUUCUUGUAAGCUAUAUUGGAUGUGAAUAUCAACUGAGAAAAGGACACAUUCUAUAUGUACAAUCAUCCACGAUGCUCCAUGCAUGUUGUCUUAACACCUGGAGUAUCGAGGAUGAUGUAUGAUGUACAACUAAAACAUCAUCACUGAUAUAUACCUUUUUAUCAAUAUAUUGAUAGCACUGAAAAAGUUUCUUAUCCAGUGUCCUUCUUCGUAAUUGACCAGAUUACUGGCAUUUUCAGCCAGAAAAUGUAUCUGACAAGUUUUACUGGUACUACAAUGUAGUUAAGCUCAAAGUCAGUCAACUUUCCUGAGAAAAUAGAACUCUGUCAGUAGUAGACAAUGGUAAUUGAUAUCCAACGUCUAUUAGGGAUAGCUUUAAAUUCAUUGUUAAACAAUGUACUCCGAUAUUUGCAAUGUAAAUUCAAAUGGCCAAUGUCCAUGGAUUUGAUAAUUUGAAGCCAAAAAAAAAAUAUCAAAAUUUAACAAUGUAACACUUCAUCUUGUUUUAUAAUGAUUUUUAGGCAGGAGCGAUAAGGCAAACAAAUUUGAAUGUACUCAGUAUAGGAUUAUUUAUCUUUGGUUAGAAAGGAAGGGUUUACAAAUAUAUCUCUGGUACAGAAAACUGGUUUGGGAAGAGUAUAAAAACAUAUCUGGUACAGAAAACUGGCAUGGGAAAAGUAUAUUAUAUAUCUCUGGUACAGAAAACUGGUUUGGGAAGGGUAUAAAAACAUAUCUGGUACAGAAAACUGGUUUGGGAAGGGCUUCAUUGUUCUCAUCAAUGAUGAGCAUUAUUAAAGCAGAUCUGUGAAGCAGAGAAAAUCUACGCAAGGGUAUACAUUUGUAUAACAUAAUCAGAUCCAUGGGAUCGUUUGUAAAUCUAUAAAGAAUUUCCAUAAAUCAAAGAUCAUGUUUAUAUGGUUAAUUGAUGUGUAUAAUUUCCACAAGAACAUACGCAGAUGUUUCUACAUAUAUAUAUUUAUCCUAACUUGUGUAUAAUAUGCCUUUAACAUUGGUUGCUGUAUGUACUCAAGCACUGUUUAUUGAUCUGUGAUUAAGAUAGGGAUUGAAGCAAUAGAUGUUGGACCAUUACCGAAAAUGUUACUCUUGACCAAUAUACUCUGCUAACAUUUAGUCUUCUGGUCUCACAAAACACAUAUUGACCUGUGUCACACUCAUCAACUGUAUACCCUCUGUGGAUAUUAUUUCAUAUGUGAGAGGACAAGUAUCAAAAUCAGAAAACUAUGACUACAGCAAGUAUGUGUUUAGAAUUUAUCACAACUAGUACUGAAAAUGUUUCAAAACGCAAGAGAGUUGUCUUUCUUGGGAUCUAUUUCCUCAUUAGACAUGGCCACACGCAGAUAUAUAAUGUACAUCAUUGUCUUCAUUAUUUUUGAUGUCUUAUAGUAAUACUAAUUACUUAAAUAAUUCAGGAGUAAUGAAAAAUAAUGAAUUUCCAAAUAUAGAUCCAUAAGUGAUAUUUUUUGGGGGAAAAAAAACUGAAAUGAAUUUGGAUGUACAUGUACAUUUGUAAUUUAAACUGUAUAUCUACAAUGUAGAUGAUAUAUGUUUGACUUGCAGGUAGAGUGUAUAAUGUUGUCAACUGUAUCCCACUAUACAUACAUGUACAAGGCCAUUUAAAAGUAUUCCUCGAUUGAACUGACAAGUAGAUCGGCAAUAUUUCAGUAUCUUUGCACUGUACAUCCAUCAAUAAGUGAUAUGUUAUCAGUGGCAUUAGACCUAGAUAGGGUUGUGGUAAUAACAAGGACGUGUUGGUUAAGUCAUUUCUUCUGUCUUCAUCGUGUUUUCUGUUUCAUAUUGUAAUCAUUAUUUUUAUGUAUGAGAUUUGUAAUCUGUUGGAGUGGAGAUGGGGUAAGAUUCUACUCUCAUAGUCGGGCGUUGGAGGAUGUGUAUUAAGGAGCAUCAUGUUUUCAAGUUAAUUGAAGGGGUGAUAAAAUAAUAGGUAGUACUAAAGUCUAGCUGUUCACAAACUAAUGGUUAACAAAGCCAUAUUGUUGUUAAUGGAGACAUUAUUUUUCAGUGUAUUUUUCGGUGUAUUUUUAAAACAAAAAAUGAUUUAAUACAUUCAUUCUAAUUAGGUCACCUAGCAUCACUACAUGGCUGGGAAAUUCAGAAUAGUUCUACUCCCUAUUGAAUGUUAGGCAGUAACAACUGUGGGUAAUACGAAUACAAGUACUGUUUCAAAGUUACUUGUUAAUAACUAACCUAUUACAUGUUAUAACACCGUCACCAUACCUAUUACAUGUUAUAACACCGUCAUCAUUUCCAUUGUCUCAGAUUUCAUUUACUGAUACAGUGUAUAUAUUUUGUUCCAUUUCUUACCUUCUGUGGAUUUUUCUGCUAACAAAACUGUGUUAAUUAAUCAAUUUAAAUGUAUUUAAAGAGACAGUUCUGAAUUGUAACUCUUUCCUACAAUCACAUACAGAAUUCUUUGAACAAAUACACCGUGUAUAUGUAUAUCUUAUCUUUUUUGAUCCCUCGAAACUAUUUGAAUUCGAAGACACCUGUUAAGUAAAUUGUAUACGGAAGGUUGUGAUUUGAGGGCUAUUAUUGGUGUCCUGAAUCCACCAAGUAAGAUACAGGGAAUAACAUACAGUCUACUUGCAUCAACAUGACUUUAACCUUUCUCACUCACUGUACAGACAAUUAGCUACAGGUGUAUCAUGUUCCUACAUUCCAAUUCUCUCCCUUGGAUCAUGUGUAGUGUAAUUGUUCCAGCUGUGGGGAUCUGUUUUGGACAUAAUAUUUAUAUCUUAGUGUUGUAUCUGUGGAGUAUUUAUCUCAUUAUUUGCUUCUGUUUGUUCUUUUUUCUUUAUUUUCUUAACAAUUCUUGUGUUAAUUUUGAGCUUUCUUUUUAACUUUUUUAAAUGCUCUACAUUUUUACUAUACUGUUGUUGAUGUUUUGAAAGCUUUAUUAGAGAUAUAUUGUAGAAUUUUUUGUUCAUUAGAAACAAUAUCAUAGAUUUAUUUAUGUUUCAUUUUUUAUGAAAUCCAGGUAAAGUAUUUUACCUAUCAUUGUUGAUUUGCUUGGAUGUUAUGCUGACUAUGACAAGAAGUUGUGUUAUAACUUAUAUGAUGUAUAUACAGUAGUCAUGUUGAAUUUAUAGUUAUACCGUUUACUCCAUAGAAAGCAUACACAUAAGGUAUUUGUUUAUCCUAAACUACCCUGUAUCACAGACAUUGAUGUGAAAUAACUUACCCAAAUGUCACUCUGAUAGGAAAUUUAUAGCCUGACUAUCAAAUGUUAAAUUUUUUAAUUCUUAAGUAAAAUUAUUCAUAAAUUAGAAAGUUCUUUCUCAUCUAAUCACAUAAGUGAUAGUCACAAAUAGAAAACAGGCUUAUCUGGCUGUCAUCAUCACAGGUGUGCAAUGUUUUACCUGGAUGUGAUCAUCACAGGUGUGCAAUGUUUUACCUUGAUGUGAUCAUCACAGGUCGACAAUGUUUUACCUGGAUGUGAACAUCACAGGUGUGCAAUGUCUGAAUGUGAUCAUCACAGGUGUGCAAUGUUUUACCUGGAUGUGAUCAUAACAGGUGUGCAAUGUUUUACCUGGAUGUGAUCAUAACAGGUGUGCAAUGUUUUACCUGGAUGUGAUCAUCAUGCAAUGUUUUACCUGGCUGUCAUCAUCAUCACAGGUGUGCAAUGUUUUACCUGGAUGUGAUCAUCACGGAUGUGAAAUGUUUUACCUGAAUGUGAUCAUCACAAGUGUGCAAUGUUUUACCUGGAAGUGAUCAUCACAGGUGGGCAAUGUUUUACCUGAAUAUGAUCAUCACAGGUGGACAAUGUUUUACCUGAAUGUGAUCAUCACAGGUGGGCAAUGCUUUACCUGGAUGUGACAUCACAGGUGGACAAUGCUUUACCUGGAUGUGAUUAAGGUAGAUGAUGUUUUAGCUGGAUGCAAGAAUCACAGAAAUGAAUGCUCAAACUGGCAUGUAUAUAUUAGUAUGUUAUAUAUCACAUGUAGUCUGUUAUCUACUUUGGACAUGGUGCAAUCAACAGUAAAUGUGAUUGUAUUGAGGGAUUAUAAAGUUUAUUUAUCUUGGUGAAACUGUUAUGUUGUACAAUGUAUGUGUUAUGUACAGUAAACAAUGCUGCAAAGACA